AUGACCGCCGGCGGCGGCGGGGAAACCAAGCUCGCCACCGCACUAAUCGUAAUCCUCGCAAUCGCACUGCUCGCGCUCCUCGCCGAGCUCCUCUACCUCCUACGGCGUCGCAGCCGCAAGGCCGGUCAGGUCCCCGCCGCCGGAGACGACGAAAUUUCCCAGAUCUCGGCGGAUUCCUCCCUCUCCUCGUUCACCGCCUCCAAGGACCUGCUCUACUUCCUCUGCGGGCGGCCACCACCGCAGUUCCGCCUCGAGCGCAACUCUGCCGCCGCCGAUCCCGAGGCUCCCGGGGGCCUCGAUUCCGAUCUCCGGCCGGAUAUAGAGGCCGUCGACUUCGACCUGGUGAAGAUUCACGGCGUGUUUGGCCCGCCGAGGUUUCUAUUCACGAUCGUGGAGGAGGAGAGGGAGGAUCUGGAGCCGCCGGCCGGAAAACACGGCAGGCGAGAAAUUCGGGGCGCCGCCGCGCGUAGGGUGAGCUUGGAGGACCAUUUCAGGGCGGCGGCGCUGGAUGAGGAGGAUAAGGAGACGGUGGCGGUGGCUCUGGACAUGGUGGUGGAUAUUGACGAUGCCAGACUCGACGACGCGACGCCAUUCUCAACGCCCUGCGCAUCGCCGGUGUAUUUCACGCCGCCGGCCUCGCCGGGUCAACGGACGGUCAACGGACGGUCAACGUAA